UUUGUGCAUUCCUAGCUUAUCCUGGGGAGGGGGGGAGGAAGGGAGGGAGGGAGGAGGGGCGCCUAUAAACCCAUCUCCAGCCAAAAACCCAGCCAGAGAGUUAAAGGAAGCCACAGCCAGGAUGAGCUUAGACCUCAGUUCCCCCAAGCCUGGGCCGGGGUCCUUGGAAUGCGACGGGGGGGUCCCUACUGGGACCUCGCCGCUGACCCCCCCUCCUUAUGCCGGGGAGGGGGCUCUGGAACUGCGAGGGUCCUUGGAUUGCUGGGCUUGCGCGGUGCUGGUGACUCUCCAAAACUUGCUGGUCGGUGCGCUCAACCUCCUCUUGGCCGGAUGCGUCUUUGGGUUGAUUCUGCUGCCGGCUGGGGUCCUUUUGGGCUUCGGAUUUCUCUGCCAUUCCAAGUUCCUGAACACCCAGGAGCCCUACUGCGCUGACCAUUUGCACGACGCGGCCGCCGUGGGCCUGUUGGUGGUGGGCUUCACCCUGCUGGUGCCCCUCCUGGUCUUGGCCCUGGCCGCCUACUGUCGCCUGGCGCGCCGCCUGCAGCUCGGCUACUGCCUGGUGCCCUACAGCAAAGCCAUUUACAAGAACCUGCCCGCCAGUCGCUACCACAGUGUGGGCUGUUGCGGCUGUUGCUCGCAGCACCUGGAUGCGGCCGGGGAAAAAGUGUGGGUGUGAGGAGGGGGGAGGGUCUGGGGAUAGGGGGAAGGAGAGGCCCGCCAAAGGAAUCGGAAAGGCCUAGCAAAAACACCCGGAUGGAAUGGACUGGCUUCUCUUGGGCACGGAGGAGGUGGCUGGCACAAAUUCCGAAUGUCGAGCAGAAAACGAAACGGGUUGAUUUUAGCCGCCAGGAAAAGAAAAUGGAAGUUUUGAUUCGGUCUCCCUAAGCGAGGACCUCAAAGUUUCUCCUACUCCAUCUGGCUAAUGGAUCUGGAACCCCCCCCCCCUCUCGAACUCAGGACACGCCUGCUUGUUUGUCCCAUGUUGCUGCUUUGCAAAGUGGUGUUUUCCAACCUCGCCGAUUUUUUAAAAGGGAUGGAAUUCAAUUCCCAGAAUGCCCCAGCUAGGCAUUCCGGGAGUUGAAGUCGAUCUCUCAGAAAGUUGCGGAAUUGGAAAACAGACAGCUAAUGCAUUUACGGAAAUUGCUGCGAAUGAAUUAACCAGACAUUCUCUUUAUUAUUAUUAUUAUUAUAUACUUUGUACUUCGA